CAUUUCCAAUUUAUAUACUUGAUGAACUAGAUGUGCGAAGAGUAACAAGAAAUGAGGUUAAGUCACGCGGUAUAAUAAAAGGCACAUGUAUAUGUAUUAUACACAUUAAGAAGAAAGAAUAUAUAUAUAUAAUAGUCAAAUUAUCAGAAUCAGCUGUUAAUCCUAAAUCAUUGAAAAUUAUGUUACCUCACAAUGUCUUCUACAAUUUGGAUUUGGAAACAAAUAUCUGGCCUUGCAACGAGAUAUAAUGAUGUCGUAUAUGCACGUCCUAUGAUUUCACAUUCUUAUGAAUUUCUUGUUUAUUUUGGUGGUGAUAUUCAAGAUUUUCAAGAUAAUAUGAUAAAACAUGUUGAAAAGAAAAAAUAUACAGAAUGGAGUUUGAACAAUACUGCUAAGAUUUUAUCAAACAAUUUUCCUAAAUAUCACGUAUUUGUUAUACGUCCAUCUAGGAUAUCCAACUUAUUUAGUUGUUUUGAUAAUUUUGUUAAAUGUAACAAUGAAUAUGGAAUUCCAACAUUUUCUUCAACAUUCAAUGCUUUAAAUAAUCUUCAAGAACUGAUUAGAUCAUUUUGUACACAACUUAAUAUAUUGGAUAUUAAUAAGGAUACAGGAAUAUAUGAACCUGAUAAAGUAAAUCUAACAUUAAUGGCUUUCAGUAAAGGAUGUGUAGUAUUAAAUCAAUUUCUUCAUGAAUUUCAAUAUUAUCAAUCACAAUCGAUACUUGAUACAAGUAUGACCAAUUUUAUAAAUAAUAUAAAAAGUAUGUGGUGGUUAGAUGGUGGUCAUGGUGGUUACAAAGAUACUUGGAUUACAGAUGCAAGUGUACUUGAGUCAUUAGCAAAGUUAAAAAUAGAUAUUAAUGUUCAUGUGACACCAUAUCAAAUUGAGGAUACUUCUAGACCUUGGAUAGCUAUAGAAGAAUCUAGUUUUGUUAAUACAUUAAAAAGUUUAAAUGUGCCUAUAAAACGUACUGUACAUUUUCAAAAUAAACCACGUAGUAUAAUAAUGCAUUUUAAUAUACUUAAAAUAAUACAAGAAUAAA